AUGAAUCUCUUUCUUGAGUGUAAACGAAAUUUGAUGUCCUACUUUGAAUUUGUUUUGUUGAUCACCUCUGCUGGACUAUGCUCAUCCACUACCAAUUAUUGUGACCGAAGUUUGUGUGGACGCGGUCAGCACAUCGGCUGCAAUGCCACCAAAGGAUUUGCUUCUGCCUGCGGAAAGAAUGCCGAGUACGUUCCGAUGGAUGGCAAAAUGAAGGAAAUCAUCCUCAAUAAACAUAACACUCUCCGUGCAAAGAUGGCACAAGGCUUCAGUGGUUUUCCACCAGCACAACGAAUGCCAACACUGGUGUGGGACGACGAAUUGGCUACCGUUGCAUCGUUUAAUGCUAGAAGAUGCAAAUUUCAGCACGACAACUGCCGGAACACCAAAGAGUUCAAGUAUUCUGGACAGAACUUGGCAAUGGCCAGAUUCCGUGGGAAAGCUGUCAAUCCCGAUGAGCGAGCGGCUUUCUUUCUCCAGAAAUGGUUCGACGAGUAUCGACAUUGUCCUAAGAGUAUUAUUGCGAAGUUUCCGCUUUCGUACAAAGGACCUCAAAUCGGACAUUUCACACUGAUGAUGAACGACCGUGUCUGGAAGGUUGGAUGUUCGAUGGUACGCUAUAAAUCUGGAAAGUGGACCAACCUCUUCUUUGUCUGUAACUAUUCAAUGAACAACAUACUAGGGCGACCAGUCUACACCGGUGGGAAAACGGCGUCUAAAUGUCAGAACGGCCAGAAUGCGAAAUUUAAGGGUCUCUGCAGCACUAAGGAAAAGGUCUGAAAGUGAGAAAUAAAUGUUUCCAUGUAAAAUGGUGAAAAAA